AUGAACAACUCGUCGCCUACGUCUGGAGCCCGUUACGCUACCUACACCCCGAGGCAUCGCACUGCGGCGACCACUAGCACGACAUUACAAGCUGGCGUCACUGUACCUCCACAGCAUCAGCAGGGCGCAACGAGCAAGUUGCAACUUAUGAACUUGAAAGCCUAUGCCCAAUCCGUUGGGCUGGAAACUGGCAGCGUCGGAUGGGAGAUGCUUGAGAAGCUCACGGCGGAUCACGAGCAUGGGCUGGAGUGGACGGAGAUCUGGAAUGCGCUGACAGCUGGAAAGGCAACUUUGCUGUUACCUCUCGAGCAAGCACACAACGUCCAGAUAACGACCGACUUCAUCAAGGACCACAUAGCUCUUUGCGACAACACCCGGCAGAAUACUAUGUCGAUCGUGACUAUGUCAGGUCUACGCGGGAAACUCGUCGAUCAGACCCUGACAUUACGCUCGACUUUACAACCUGGCUCGAAGAUGCAUGCUGGUCUACUACUACCUACCAGCCGCACGAAUGUGUUAGCAUCACUGCCUCCUCUUCCCCAGAUCUUCUCGUCGCCGCUAUCGCAAGCCUACCCGACUUACUCACUCCCCUCGCAUACACAAACCCUUCCGUUGCCCCUACAUGCCAUACCGAAACCACCGCUCCCGCCUCGUCCGGGUGCUCGGCCGUCAUCGGCUCAGGGAACUUCUUCUCGCCUGACAUCAUCGUUCGCUUCGCUCUUCGGGAAGCAAACGCCCACAGCCAGUCCUGCGAGCCCAGCCUCAUCGACCGCAACACUCGAGGAACAUCCGGCGGAAGUUGCAGCGUUCACGAUUGACAGGCGCAUCGUCAUGAAAGAUGUCAGCCUUCAGAUCAACAAAGCGCUCAAAGCCGAGAUGCACGAGGCGCUCUCCUCCGCAGGCGCUCCGACUUGGCUCAUCGACAAAGUGGACGAGUUCAGUACGGGAUUAUAUCCGUUUGUCAAGAAUCAGGGUCCUACGCCGAGGAGAGGGAAGGGUCUGAACAUCAGUCCGUUCGUGAUUGAUCCGCCGCAGGAGACGCCGGACGAGCUGUCGAAACAGUUUCAGGACUUCUAUGCAGGGCUCGAGGCAGAUCUGCUAUCGUCGGGGCGUGGGUCUACUAGUGCGGGCAGUGGCGGAAGUCACACGCCUGAAGGAACGGGCGAGGAGGAGAAGGAGAAGGAAAAGACGUCCAAGAAGGGAAGUAAGGAGUUGUCGGAGGAUGCAGUGAGGGAGAUCUUAGAGAGCGUUGAGCGGGUGAUGUGUUCACUGUUCUAUGACAGGUUGUACAUGCAGCCUAAAGCGGAUGAUGCGUCUCACGAUGAGGCGCUCUCUAGUCGCGUCGCCGCCCUCAACUUGAUGGACAUCUCCUUGGAGCAUCUGGGCGUUGAUGUGGGCCAGUCGACUGAAGAAGUCGAGGUUGUCCUGAAGAGUUGUGGCGAAACUUUAUCCCAACUCGAACAGUCGGCUUGCCGGUGUCCCGCGGACAAAGCGGCUAUCUUAGUCGCCGCUCACAAGAUCCUCGUCGAUGGUCUUUCCAGACUACCUCCGAUUCGUUUGAAGACCGAAGCCGAACUUAAGGAUCAGCCCGCACCGACGCCUACUGCCUCAAGCUUCAGUUCAUCGACAGCUGCACAAUCCGCCGCAGAUGGCCUGAAGGUCGAAACACACGCAGACCUCACAACGGAGCACGUAGCCACGCCACCCAUCGUUGUUUCGCCAUCCGACGAGCACGAAGUCAAUCCUCUCUCCGAGAAGAUUGUCGAUGCCGCACUAUCUAGCAUACCGCCCUCCGAAACAGACACCACCCUUGUACCCGACCGGACAGAGUCUCCCCAACUCGUCAUCUCCCGCCCACAUACACCAACACCCGUAUCUGGCGACCUCAUCCUCCCACUGAUGAUCUACUCCGUGGUCAAAUCCAACCCGCCACACUUCGUAUCCCAUCUACUCUUCACCCAACGAUUCCGGAAUGAACGCUUGGGCGGUGAAGAAGCCUAUUGCCUCGUCAACAUGCUUGCCGUUGCCGAUUUCCUCGAGAACGUCGACCUUGCGGUUCUUGGGCUGGGAGGGAACACGGACGUCAAGAGCGUUGCGGACCUAAGCCCGAUCCCUGUGGCGAGAGCGGGCGUUAUGGCGGCGGAGCCUGCUGAGGGCGUUCCGGCGCGUUUGAGGAGGGGAGUUGGGGAGCAGGUCGAUGCUAUCGCUGGAUCGGCGAACAAGGUGCUCGCGGGCGUCGUGGACUCUUCGUUCGGCGUAUUGCGGUCAUUGUUGCCUGGACAGACUCCCGGUGGCGAGACGAGUGCGGCUGGCGCGGAGGGAGCAGAGCAGUAUACUGCUCGGGCUGGGUUCGGCUUGUUGCGUCGCGAGAGCGGAUUCUCGAUCGCCAGUCUCGCAGCAUCACUUCCAGGCCGCGACCGCGCGCGCUCAUUCGGAAGCCUCGCGGCGCCCCGCAUGAACGACGAAGGUGGUCAGCAGCUUGUCGAAGUCUCUUCUCGACCCGGCUCUGUCCACUCCGCGUACCUUUCCGACGAAGCUGCCAGUGAUAGCGAUGAAGAGGAGAGCGGCGAGGAGGAUGAAGACGAGGAAGAGAGUGAUGGUCGGGACGAUGGGAGGAGUAUCAAGAGCUUCGAGAGCAUGAUGAAGAAAGGACGGAAGAAGAAGGAUACGGUCUCGAGCAGGAAGAGCUUGAGUGAUCGACUCGCUAGCAUGCCGGGCUUGGGAAGGUUGCAAGCGGGCAGCGUUGGCGCUGCUGCGUCAUCUUCAAUCUCUCCACCAGCGUCUCGUCGCUCAUCACUACUCUUUCCUGCCGCCCAACCCGCCGCCCAACCUAAUCGAUUUGACACACCCAUGUCAUCACGGGCACCUUCGCCGUCGCUGCGCAUCGCACCCCCAAAUGCAAGAUUCUUGGAGUGCGCAGAGGAUGACUUGCGUGUAGGCGAGGUCAAGGAGUUAUUGCGCGAGUAUAGACGUGUGGUCGAGGCUUUGAGGAUGGUCGGUGGGUUCUCGGACGAACAGUAG